AUGAUCGAUAUACCAGCCUCAACCAAGGCAUGUUUCUUUGAGGAUCUGCACGUUCAGGAUCAAAUGACUGUGACUUACCAAGUCGGCCAAGGCGGGUCUCUGGACAUCGAUUUCUGGCUUGCCGAUCCGGACAAUAUCCCCAUUAGCAAGCAUCAUAAGCAAUCAACAGGAACGGCAAAAACGACUGCCCAGAAGGACGGACGCUACACCUACUGCUUCUCUAACGAGAUGAGCAGUAUGUCAGACAAGCUUAUCAGCUUCAAUGUACACGGCGUGAUUUACAUUGCCGACGAUGGGACGAUGGCACCAAUCGAGAAGGAGAUUCGGGAUCUGGCAUCUGGAUUGCAGGGUGUCAAGGAUGAGCAGGAAUACAUCGUAAUCCGAGAGCGCGUGCACAGGAAUACCGCAGAGUCUACCAAUACACGCGUAAAAUGGUGGUCCGUUGCACAGACUAUUAUGCUUUUCCUUAUCUGCGGGUUCCAAAUCUAUUACCUCAAGUCCUUCUUUGAGAUCAAGAGGGUCAUAUAA